GAGCGGAGCGAGGAAGACUAACAGCCUCAGGUGCAUACCCAGCCUCGAAGAAACCACGCAAAGACCGAGGAAAUAGCGCGUAAGUCUAUAGCUCGAUAUGGACACGGUACUUUAUGUUAUUGACUAACUUAGUAGUGAUACCGAUGCACAAGCCAUUCAAUCCCUACGGGAUCAAGUCGCUUCUUUGCAAGGAGGCCUUGACCAGCUACGCCGGCACCAGUCCCAGCAACCGUCGGAAAAUCAGUCAAGCCCUCUACAUUCUGAGGUUGCACCAACAGUGAUCCAAGAUCUCCCUGUCUCAUUGGACAAUCCAGAUGACCAAGUGGUGGACCCGGCACUGCAACCUGGCCCCAUUGUCGUGGACGUUGAAUCCUCCGCUAGCCAAGACGAGCCUCAACCAUCAGCUAGUUACACUUUUAACAUCAGUCUUGCAAGAACACAUCUACGAGCACGCGGUAUCGGCACCGCCGAUCACGAAUCCGGCGGUAUGCCUGGAUCUGUCAAUCCAACUCGCCCACCUUCACCAUCUAUCCAAACAGCCUUUGGGUUAGACGUCGGGUCAAUAGAUCCUUUGUGGCUGAUCAACGAAGAAGAAGCUGUUCGGCUGUGCAAUGUGUAUGAAGAAGAGAUUGGAAUUCAGUACCCCUUUCUCGACAUCGGGUGGCUUACCGAACGAGUUCGAAGCCUUUACCAUGCUAUGAACAGCGGUUCUCGGCUUGGAUUCGCCUUUGCUGCAAUCCCAGGACCGACAAUUAUUGAUCCUCAGGAUCUGAGCUUGGUCAAGAUGGUGCUAUCCACAGCCCUGACCGUAGAAGCGGGAGGCUCAAGUCAGCUUGGCAGAUCCCUAUUCCUCGAUGUGAGGAAGUCAUCACAUGACAAGCUAUGGGAAUCGGCGAGCAUUAAGUCGACUAUGCUCUACAUCUUGCUCGUAAGUGGCGCCCACAGUUGGACUAGCUUAUACAAGCUUGCUAACAAAAGCCUUCAGGCGGUUUACAGCUUCAUGACUGGCGACGAUUUGCAAGCCUGGAGACUUGUCGGCAUUGUUGCCCGAUGGUGUUUGGAAAUGGGACUUCAUCAAUCAGCAACCAUCAGCAAAACUUUCAAGGAUGCUGGAAAACGUAAGAUGGCUAUGCGGCUAUUCUGGUGUGUCUACACAUUAGACCGGCGUUGGGGCUUUGGCGCAGGACUGCCUUUCGUGAUGCACAACUUCGAUGUUGACCAGCAAUUACCAGAGCCAGAUCAAGAUGUUCCGUAUCUCAGAGCCAUGGUUGAGUACAGCCGAAUUGGCGACAAAGUUUGGGCGACAUCGUACAACUCGGCGAGAGCCACGGGCGCCAUUCGAGACGACGAAAUCUCCUACCUGUUGUACCGCAUAGAUCAGUGGUAUGAAGACCUCCCGGAAGAUUUGAGGCUUUCCUCAAACGAGCAGACGGCGAGCCCCAAUACGAACUCUACAACGUCUAGAGGUCUUCAACGGCUGCAGGUUCUGCUUCACCUGCGAGCCAACCAGAUGAAGAUCCUUCUGCUUCAACCAUUCCUCCACUCAACAUCCAGUCUCAAGUCCAACAAGUCCAAGGUCCAGUCACUUGUCAACCUGGCCAAGGACACCAUCCAGAUGCUUGACUCUCUCAACAAGUCAACAGACAUCUACCAAAAUCAACAAAUGUGUUUCAACCAUUUCCUUGUCUCAGCUCUGGGAGUCAUCUUCCUAGUGGUAGCCCUGUCGCCAAUGGAACACGGCGCUUCAGUCCGCGAUGAAUUCCAUACCGCACUGGACUUGAUCAGAGGUCUAAGUGCUCGAUCGUAUGUCUCUAGCCGGCUGUGGAGGAGAAUAAGCGACCUACGGCUCGCUUGGCGAAAGCUGGGACUAAACGCUCCCCAGUCGAGGGAGACCAGGGAGCCUAGUACGCAGCAUGGUCACGCGCUAGUCACACCACCCACCUCAUCUGGAGGUAUGGACAUCCCACCUGGAAGCGUGCCGACAGCUGUCGAUGAUGGUUUGCGCGCACCGGAGCUCGACACAUGGCCAGCAGGCUCGGGUGAGCCUUUCACCGAGGCUCAGAUGGCGCAGGAGCUGAACGACUUUUUCAACUCGAUAGAUGGCGGGGGAGAUUUUGGGAUUCUUUUACCUGUUCUGGGUACUGACGGUGACGGCCUUGAUCCAGAGCGAGGGCCAGAGGAUUCGUUUCUCGUGGAUGAUAUGAACACCUCCAUGGGUGUGUCACACUUAUUUGUCGAUAUGCUAUAAAAUGACCUGAUGUAUUACGAACCAUGCAACCUCUCGACAUCCUUAUAAAUCAGAAUCCAGUGAACGCUAGUGUAUUCGUCGACUCCUUUGAAGCUUGCCAUACUUAACCACCAUACUAGUAGUGAUUCGCAUGAUGUUGGCAAUAACUAAUUGACAACAAGGCUGCUGCAACAACUCAAGCAAAUGACAUGCAUUUCUAAUAAUUGACGAACUUGUGUAACAUGCGAUUCGGGCUGAGAGUCUGAAGCCGGCGAUGAACAUUCAGGAUCCCGGCUCACUCACGACCAGUUCUCACCAAGUUCCUCGCCUUACAGCUUGCUCAUUCUGCGGAACGCAUGAAAGCCAAUUGACU